UAGAAAGAUCAAUGUUUAAAUAAUGCAAUUGUGUCCGUGUCAAUAGCAAACGCAUUGUUAUUCUUAUAUUGUUAUGGAAUAGAUAUAUAUUCCCUCCAUCCACCGAUCAUCUCCGACCUCAAGACGAAGAACCCUAAAAUCAUCUUUCAAAUUCAAGCAAAAUCGAUUUCCGAUUUCCGAAUCGCUUCGAACGUCUACAAGCAUAAGUCUCGACCAGAGAGAGAGAGAGAGAGCUCAGCGCCUCUGAACAUCAAUCGCACCGGCUGCUAUUUCGCAGCUUAAAAAAGUUCUCUCGCUUUCAUCUUCAUCGGCUUACUCAGCUCCGUUCGAGAAUCAAGAGAGUGAGGGAAAAUGUCGAUGGAUCUGAUACUGAAGCCGUCGUGCAGUGGAUGUGGUUCGGCCUCGGAUUUGUACGGAAGCAAUUGCAAGCACAUGACUCUGUGCUUGACCUGCGGGAAAACCAUGGCUGAGAACCAUGCCAAGUGCUACGACUGUGGCGCCACUGUCACUCGCUUAAUCCGAGAAUAUAAUGUCCGUGCGAGUACUACCAAUGACAAGAACUACUUCAUUGGUAGAUUUGUGACGGGCUUGCCAAAUUUCUCAAGGAAGAAAAAUGCUGAAAACAGAUGGUCUUUCCAAAAAGAUGGAUUGCAAGGACGCCAAAUUACUGACGCCCUUCGGGACAAGUACAAGAAUAAACCUUGGCUCUUGGAGGAUGAAACUGGCCAAUUCCAGUUCCAGGGUCAACUUGAAGGUGCACAAUCUGCAACUUACUAUCUACUGAUGAUGCAUAGUUGUGGUUGUAAUGGUCAUUUGAUCCAUGUGAUGUUUAGGUAUAAUUUCAACAAGGUUGCACAAUAUAAGCAACUUACUUUGGAGGAAGCAGAAGAAAAAAUGAAAAACAGAAAAAAGACUGCUGAUGGCUAUCAAAGAUGGAUGAUGAAAGCAGCGAAUAAUGGACCUGCUGCAUUUGGUGAAAAGGAUAAUUUUGAUGACAAGGAUAGUGGUGCAGCUGGUGGGAGGGGAAGAAGGAAAGCGUCAGCUGAUGAAGGUGAAGGUAAUGUCUCGGAUAAAGGGGAUGAGGAUGAAGAAGAUGAGGUAGCAAGGAAGAAUAGACUUGGCCUGAACAAAAGAGGUGGUGAUGAUGAUGAUGAAGAAGGUCCGAGGGGAGAUGAUCUUGAUUUGGAUGAUGAUGAUAUUGAGAAGGGUGAUGAUUGGGAGCAUGAAGAAAUUUUCACAGAUGAUGAUGAAGCCGUUGGUAAUGAUCCAGAAGAAAGGGAAGAUUUAGCACCAGAAGUACCAGCUCCUCCAGAAAUUAAACAGGAUGAAGAUGAUGAGGAUGAGGAUAACGAAGAAGAGGGGGGGCUAAGCAAAUCAGGAAAAGAGUUGAAGAAGCUGCUAGGGCGCGCUGGUGGGCUUAAUGAUUCGGAUGCGGAAGAUGACGAUGACAGCGAAGAAAUGGAUGAAGAUAUCGGUGUCUCACCUACGGUAGCUCCAAAGCAGAAGGAUGCAGUUAAAGAGGAACCUGCUGAGAACAGUCCUGCAAAACCAACGCCAUCUGCAUCUGCCAAGGGAACCCCGACGACCUCCAAGUCAGCAAAAGGAAAGAGGAAGCUAAAUGGCGAUGAUGUCAAGCCAGCUAAUGUUGCACCUUCAAAGAAGGUGAAGACCGAAAACGAGCAAAAACCGUCCGAACCUGCGCCUCCUUCUAAGAAUAAUGUACCUUCGAAAGGUACACCAUCAUCAUCCACUAAAGCUGCAGUGACAUCGUCUGCUGGACCUGUCACUGAAGAAGAAAUUAGGGCUGUUCUAAUUCAAAAGACACCAGUGACCACUCAGGAUCUUGUUGCUAAAUUCAGGGCGAGACUCCGAACCCCCGCGGAUAAGAACGCUUUUGCAGAAAUUCUGAGGAGAAUUUCAAAGAUUCAAAAGACGAAUGGGUCUAACUACGUUGUGUUGAGGGAGAAGUGAUUAUAUCCUCAUUACAGCUCAUUCUCUUAUAGGGGUAUCAGCCAUGACAGUCUUGAGGAAUCGAAAUAUAACAUCAUUUUAAUGCGAGGAUAUUGGCCUCUUUUCUUUUUCUUUUUUCUUUUUUUUUUUUUGGCUUUAUCCUUUCCUGUACAAGUACAGCACAGAAUGUAUAAGGUUACGGGCUAUAUAAGUUGUAACCUCAUAGAGCCUUAUGUAGUGCCAGGGUGUUACAUCCUAUGCAAGUAAUAAACAAAAUAUAUUGUAGUAUUCAUUUGAUCUC